GUUGUGCUGUGUUUUGAUCGUGUCUUCUGGGACCCAAGUGUCAAUUUGUUUGGUCAUGUCGGCAGCACUACUGCAAGCAGAGGAGAGCUUUUCCUGUUCUGGAACCUGUACAAAGCACCAAUUUUGUUGGCCUUGGUAGCAGGAGAAGCAGCAGGGAUCAUGGAGAACAUCAGUGACGAUGUCAUUGUUGGACGGUGCCUUGCGAUCCUCAAAGGCAUAUUUGGCAGCAGCGCUGUGCCCCAGCCUAAGGAGACUGUGGUGUCCCGCUGGCGUGCCGACCCAUGGGCCCGGGGAUCAUACUCCUACGUUGCAGCUGGAUCUUCUGGAAAUGACUAUGAUUUGAUGGCUCAGCCAAUUACUCCAGGCCCAGCCAUUCCAGGUGCUCCUCAGCCCAUCCCUCGCCUGUUCUUUGCGGGAGAACACACAAUCCGCAACUACCCAGCGACUGUCCACGGCGCUCUGCUGAGCGGGCUGCGGGAGGCCGGGCGCAUCGCCGACCAGUUCCUGGGCGCCAUGUACACGCUGCCCCGGCAGCCCAC